AUGGAGUUUGGUGAAGUGCCCGUGAUCAAUGACGUUAAGGUGCCGGAUGAAGACGAAAAAGUCAAGGAAGAGCUUCAAAAGUUGGGACAGCCGGUGUUCAUCAAUGGCGAAGGAGAAGCAGAAAGACGACAGCGACUAUUGCAUUUACGAGCUGCGGAAGUCGACGAGUCCGAUGAUGAAGAUGACGGUGGAGACGAAGAUGAAGAGUUUUAUACUCCGGGUCCGCAAGAACUAUAUGACGUCAGAAGUCGCAUACUCCGUGAUUCGUUGGGGAGGGCAUCUGCUCGACUAGAAUGGCAACGACGAUUUGCUAAAGCCAACCAGGAGUUCACUACAAUCUUGCAGAAACGACGAGACAUAAACUCGAAACUAGCCACGGUUGACUUGUAUGGGUCGCAGGUUAUCCCCGAUGUCACGCGGGCAGUCUCUAGUGUCAAAUUUUCCCCCGCCCUGGACUUGGUGGGAUGUGGUUCGUGGGACGGGUCUGUUCACGUCUUGAGCAGCACCGACUUGCAGCCCGUGGUGAAAUUGGCCGUAUCGCACUCGGAGAAAGUUGGAGCAUUGAAUUGGAAACCUGGCUGCAAGCAACGUGUCUUGUUAUCGGGAGGCAAUGAAGGUACCAUCAAUGUAUGGGACAUCACACCGAGCGAAAGUUCCCAAACCUCUCCAGGCAUCCCCAUAGUGUCAAUCAAGGACGCCCACAGCGACAGAAUCACAAGCACACUAUACCACCCCGUAAACGAGCUCGCUAUUUCAACCUCGUUUGACCAAACUUGGAAAUUAUGGGACGUAUCAAGACAAACCGAGUUAUAUCAACAAGAAGGACACUCCAAGGGUGUAUUCACGGGCUCGAUCCACCCCGAUGGCUCACUUUUCGUUUCGGGAGGUCUCGAUGGUAUAAUCUACGUGUGGGACUUGAGAUCCGGCAGAGCAUUGAUGCCGUUGCAAAAACACAUCCAGGGCAUAUAUGGACUAGACUGGUCGCCCAACGGGCAUCAAUUUGCAAGUGCCUCGGGUGACUGUUCAGUUAAAAUCUGGGAUAUGAGGAAAUUGGACCGUUCAGGGGACGAAAUAGCCACGAUACCAGCGCACACUAAACUCGUCAGUGACGUCAAGUUCUUCCAAGGUGAAGGUGAAGGUGAAGAUAGAGGUACUUUCCUAAUUACAAGUUCCUACGAUGGGUCGCUCAACAUAUGGUCGGCUGAUAAUUGGAUCAGAGUCAACUCCAUGCAGAGUUACAAUGACAAGAUCAUGAGCUGCGACGUGGCCGUGAUAGACUCCAGCUACACUAUGGUCAGCGGAGGAUGGGAUAAAAGUAUACGACUCUGGAAACAAAAUCAGUGA